AUGGACGUUCACUUGAGCGAUGACGAAAAGCUCUUUCUUAUCACCGGCGUCGAGGCGGAAAUUCGGAACGAUGGACGGAGUUGCCUCGAUUUCCGACAGAUUGUACUCGAACGAGGCGUUCUAUCGGCAACGAACGGAAGUUGUCGCGUUCAACUCGGUCAAACAACCGAUGUGCUGGUGAGUAUCCCGUGGAAGCUUCUCAACUUCUGACGUGGGAUUUCCCAGGCUGGAAUCAAAUUGGAACUCGAAUCGUACGAUCCUGUGACUGAAAAAGAAAAGGAGACAAAGCAGCCGAUGCAGUUCUACGUGGAUUUUUCUGCAAAUGCUAGCAGCCAAUUCGCUGGUUAGUCUUGAACAUUUUCUCCAAUUUUCACGUGACUCUUUACGUGAAAAUUUUUAAUGAAAAACCGAAUAUGCUUACUUUUCAGGAAGAAACGUUUUUUCCAAACGUGAAGAGGUCACGCGAAAACUAAAAUAUUGUGGCGUUUUGUAAAUUGCCUAUAUCGAGUUAAUUUUUUUCAGGAAAAGGUGGAGACGAUUACGCCGAGGAACUAUCAGCCGCAUUUCAAGUGGCAUACUCUCGAGCCCUGGACAUCAUGCCAGACUUGAAAAAAAUCCAAUUGGCUGAAGGAUACCGCUGGAAGAUUUAUGUGGAUGCAACCGUACUGCAGUGGGACGGAAGUGUUGCCGACGCCAUCUCAUUGGCAAUCAUCGGUGCACUCAGCGAUAUGGAGAUUCCCGAGGUGGAGGUGGCUCCCGAUGACGGCGGAAAAGUCUCGAUCCAGCUGAAAAGGCCACGAAAAGGCGGAAAUGUUCGUGACGAAGAGGUGCCUGUUUCAAUGUGGAAACUCGACGUCCUCCGCUGCCCCCUUCUUCUAACCGUCUCCAAAAUUGGAACAGCCAACGUGGUGGACUGCACUCCGGAAGAGGAGAAUUGUAUUCGAUCGCAGCUUCUCAUUGGGCUCAUCAGAGCCGAAGGAAACACUGAAUUAGGAGAUUAUGAAGUGACGUGCGUAAAGCAAGUCGGUGGAGGUCUUCUAGAGCUGGAAUCCGUCGGCGAUAUGCUCGAGUUGGCGUCGAAAGCGGCAAGAGGACUUCAUGGAGCACUAUAUCAACGGAUGAAAACUGAAGAAUACCGCAAACCCGGACACUCUUUCCUUCUUUGA